GAAGGACCAAAAUAAACAUCAACCGCCUCAAAAGCAGCCCGCAAUUACGUCAGCACCCUCGUGCCCGUCCUCCCUCCUUCCUCGCCGCCCCGCCCCGCCCCGCGUCCUCCCGAGACCUCCACACGAGCGCACCGCGACCCCACCAGCUCCCACCUCCUCCGAACGCUAGCCCCGCUCCCCGCUCCCAUCCCGCCGUCUGGCCGCGGGAUCGGGGGACGAGGAGGGGUCCAGCUGGAGGAGAUGCACCGGGACCGAGGCGUAUCGGCGGCGGCCGGCGGCGCUGGCGAGAGGAAGCGGAUCGGCGAGCCGAUGGACAGGUCGUCGCCGUCGACGUCGUGGGGGUUCUCCGGGGGCCGCGAGAAGGAGCGGAUCGCCGCGGGGAAGCAGCCGGAGGUUCCCCGCUCCGGCGGCGGAUCCACCGCUAUGUCUAAGAGCAAGGUCUCCGACGGAGAAUCAGAAACUGAUAGUGAAGAGUCAGACGUGAGUGGUUCUGAUGGGGAAGAUACGUCUUGGAUUUCAUGGUUCUGUAGUUUAAGGGGCAAUGAAUUCUUCUGUGAAGUUGACGAUGACUACAUACAAGAUGAUUUCAACCUAUGUGGGCUAAGCAACCAAGUUCCGUAUUACGACUAUGCUCUUGAUCUAAUAUUGGAUGUUGAAUCUUCACAUGGUGAUAUGUUGACAGAAGAGCAAAAUGAACUUAUUGAAUCAGCUGCUGAGAUGCUCUAUGGGUUGAUUCAUGUUCGGUAUAUUCUUACAAGUAAAGGGUUGGCUGCAAUGUUGGAUAAGUACAAGAACUCUGACUUCGGCAGAUGCCCUCGGGUGUAUUGCAGUGGUCAACCAUGUCUUCCAGUUGGGCAAUCGGAUAUUCCUCGUUCUAGUACCACGAAGAUUUACUGCCCUAGGUGUGAAGACAUCUACAAUCCAAGAUCCAAAUAUCAAACCAACAUUGACGGAACAUACUUUGGAACAACAUUUCCUCACUUGUUCCUGAUGAUGUACCCGCACUUAAAGCCCCAGAAGCCUUCACAUCAAUACGUCCCCAGGGUGUUCGGGUUCAAGAUUCAUAAGCCAUGACAAAUUUGAAGGCUGAAGAUGUAAAAGAUUCAUCUGCGUUGCAUACACUUUGUGAGCUGUUCAUCUGUCUCUGUGCUGCAGUUUAUUGCUUCGUUCAAUUGGUGUACCCGUGGCUCCUGAAAUGUUCGCAUAUCAUCGGAGCACACCUGACCCCAGGCUGGCCUCUCUUGUCUCGCUUCUCCCUUAAGCCUGGUAGACUGAUUUGAUGCUUGUGGUUUGUUUAGCCUAGUAAUCAUCCUUUUUUUUUUUUUGAAAAAUAUUGUAUUUGAAUCACAGUUACUAAAGAGGGCAAUGUGCAACCGUGUGAUAUCUUGCUUUCCUAUUUGUAACUGCUGUGAUUAGGUUACCACGUCAAAAAUGAUGGUAGUAGCAAUCUGAAAUAUACAUGCAAUUCUUGUUCUUUGCUCCCAA